AUGACUCGGUCUUUUAUGAUUAAACGGUUUGGUCAAGUAUUGACAGGAGGAGCGCUAGAUUGGUAUGCAAGCUUGCCCCCAAAUUCGCUUGAAUUCCUUGCGGAUUUGGUAGAUAAAUUCAAGAAGGCACACACUGGAGCAAGGAAAGCAGAGAAAAGAAUGGAAGAUAUAUUCAACAUCAAACAAAGGAGGGAUGAAACUCUACAAGGAUUUUUUCAUCGUUUCCAUAAACACCGUAACACCUUGACGCAAAUUGAAGAAAAAUGGGCUGGGAUUCCAUUCCGACAUGCAUUAAAUCCUGAUAGAAUGCCAGCAACAAAGGAUCUCGCCAAACACUUAAUUGAGUAUCCGACGAAGACAUGGGACGAUAUAUAUUAUCAAUAUUGUUCAAAAAUUCGGAUAGAGCAGGAUAUCAUCAAUCCGAUCAUGAGGAAAUCAUCACCAUCAACUAGGGAUACAUCAACUAGAAGCAACUCCAGAAAAAGCAAUGGAGAUCGAACGCAUAGAAGAGAACGUUAUGAUCCAUAUUAUUCACGAGGAAGCUGCGAAGCAUUGGACAAAUUGGGUAAUAUGGUCAAAUGGCCUGGUAAAAUAAAAUCAGAUCCGAGUAAAAGAAAUCUAGAACAUUUCUGUGAAUUUCACAAAGGACAUGGUCACAAGACUGAGGAUUUCCAUGCAUUGCGAUUGGCAGUUGCCGAUCUCUUAGAGCAAGGGCAUUUGACGGAGUUGCUUUUGGAGAAAGGCGAGCAAGCAUAUUAUCAAAACAGGGAGCAAGGAGCGCCGCCAUCACUUCCCGAGCCAAAGCCAGUAGUUAAUUUUAUUACAGGUGGUACAGAUAUCAACAUUACAAGAGGGCUGGACGUCAACAAAGUCAUUUACACUUCAGGCGUGUAG